CAAUUGAAAAUUAAAAUCAUGAUGACAAGUUUCAUGGUUAUCAUUAUUCUUUAUAGCAUACAUGUCAUCAAAAUACAACCCAUUAACGGUGGCACAAAGCGCACAUCCUGGCGACGUCCACGUCGGGUCAGUUACAAGAGAAAACAAAGAAAUUUAUUUCGUCUCGAGAAAAAAGAGAGAAAGGGAUUGGCCCCCAGUCCAGAUCCCCCGAUUCCUCUCCCUCUCCCUUUCCCUUGUUGCCGCCGCCGCCACCAGCGACCUCCCCUCAGUCACGCCCUCCCCAACGGCUGACUCUCACCAUCGGUGACCUCCCCUCUCCCUCGCACCAGAUCGAGCAGCAGGUCGGGCAGGGCAGAGCGAAGCGGGGAUGGGAGGAGAUGGCGUCGGCGGCGUCCUCCUCGCCCAUCGGCGAGUGACUCCUGUCAGAGCCCCAUCGGCUCCGUCGAUCUGCCAGACCUAGGUCACCGGCGUGGAUGCCGUCUCAGGCGAGAAAAGGAGUGGUCGCAUUAGGACGCGAGGAGGGGGAGCAGCCAACCGUGCUCAAGGCCGUCCACGGUGGCCGCAAAUCGAGGCGGCGGCUACAACUCGAAGCUGCAGAAGACGGAGGCGAAGAUGUCGAGCAUGUGGCCCUGCGCACAAGAGAAUACAGUGCAAUCCAAUUUCCUUACUCUGUAGACUCCAGCUUAAUGCCAGAAAAGUUGUGCUCUGAAGGGGUGCGAGGACUGCUAGGGAUGUACAGGAAUUCACGGAUAAAUAAAACCUAUAUGGCGGAUUGGACAUUCUGUUUCCACUUCUCUACAUCAUGCUGCCCACCGGGCAUGGAUAUUCACCUCCACCAAUUUGAUUGAUCCUAUGUGCUAAUGCAGUUUAUCAGCUAAGUUUAUACACUGUCCCUAAAGGCCUAAGCCCAAAUCGCAUGUGAAUUCCCUGUGCAAUUUUGUUCUUCUAAUACACCGUGGCAAAAAUUUAUCACCCAGGAUCGAACUCACAGUACUUCACUUUAUACCUUCAAUGCUUUUAACUAGAUAUAUGAUUCUUUUGUUACUGAAUAAGAUUAGUUUCUCCCUAUGCAUUUGUUGUUUGUUUGCUAAUUUAUUGGACAUAUUUACAACUAGAAGACACAAAGGAGGUGGCGUAGUGGGCAUGGAGAUCUUGGUGUUGAGUGUCUUGUUUUAUUGUUCUAGACCAGAUGGUAACACUAAUUAUUGGGGCUAAAUGAUACUGUCGCUUAUUUAGUAAACAUUUAUAUGUUCCAUAUCCUAUAUUAAUAUGUGUGCAUCUUGUCAAUUUAUUCCCAUUGGUGCAAUGUCUAUUUGGUUUUAUUAUUAUUAGGUAUUAUGGGAAAGUUAGUACUAAGUAUUACAUAUUAGUGUGUUGUAGCAGAUUUAGUGACAAAAACAUGUCAUCCUGGAGCAUUGAUAUAAUUACAUUUUCUCAUUUUUUGUUA